GGAUUCAGAGUGGAUGGAGGACACAGGGUGUGGAGGACACUGAGUGGAGGUCAGUGGAGGGAUUGGCAGAGAGAGCGGUGGAGGACACUGAAUGGAGGUCAGUGGAGGGAUUGGCAGAGAGGGGUGGAGGACACUGAGUGGAGGCCCAGUGGAGGGAUUGGCAGAGAGGGGCGGGGGACCCUGAGUGGAGGCCAGUGGAGGGAUUGGCAGAGAGGGGUGGAGGACAACUGAGUGGAGGCCAGUGGAGGAUUGGCAGAGAGGGGCGGAGGACCCUGAGUGGAGGCCAGUGGA